UGUUCAAAUAAUGGAAUGAAGCGGUGUCAGGACAUGGCUCGGCAGGGAUCCGCACCAGAGGUGGUGCUGGGCAUCGACCUCGGCACCACCAAGUCCGUGAUGGCCGCGUUCCUGGAGGACGACGUGGAGGUCCUGCAGAACGACAUCGGCAGCCGCAGCACCCCGAGCUGCGUCCACGCGUCCAUGGACGCCGGGGACGCCGUGAGGGACGUCGGGGAGGCCGCGCUGCGCCUGGCGGUCAGCCACCCGCACAGCACCGUGCGCAACGUGAAGAGCGUCCUAGGACGGGCCCACCAGGACGUCGGCUCUGACCAUCACCUGGGCCCCAUCAAGCUGGGCCAGUCCAACUUGGGCCAUGGCGUGUCUAUCUACCUGGAGGGAGGCGUCGUGAUGGCUGCGGAGGAGGUGACCAGCAUGCUGCUGGUGCACUUGAAGAAGGCCGCGGAGGAGCAGCUGGGCCGCGGCGACAUCAACUUUGCCGUGAUCGCAGUCCCCGCCUACUUCAACGCGGCUCAGCGGAAUGCGGUUCGAGACGCCGCGUACCUCGCUGGGUUGCGGGUGCUGCACUUGGUGAACGACACGUCCGCCGCCGCCCUGGUGUACGCGCGAGAGCGCGACCAGCCCAAGACCGUCCUGGUCGUGGACGUCGGCGGGGGCGGCAGCAGCGUGGCCGUGGUGCGGACCGAGUUCAGCGCCGUGCGAGUGCUGGCCGCGUCGGACAGGCGCCUGCCGGGAGGGGAGGACUUCGACGCCCGCAUGGUGGAGCACUUCAAGGAGGUCAUCAAGCAGGCCCACGGCCUGGAGGUGACGUCCGCCCGAUCCCUGGAGAUCCUCCGCGGCCAGUGGGAGAAGGCCAAGCAGAAGCUGUCGCGCAUCCCCAGCACCAAGAUGGCCACCUUCCUGCCCGACGGCGACCUCGACUUCCAGGCGGACGUGUCCAGGGCCGCGUUCGAGGAGCUGUGCCGCCCGCUCUUUGAGGCCAUCGUCGACGAGGUGAAGCGCACCCUGCUCAAGGCCGAGGUGGCGGUGAACCAGGUGGACGACGUGGUGCUGGUGGGCGGCUCGUCCCGCAUCCCCGCCCUGCGCGCCAUGGUGCAGUCCGAGCUGGCCCAGCGGCCGCUGUGCAAGGCCGUGAGCGCGGACGAGGCGGUGGCCAAGGGCGCCGCGCUGCUGGCCGCGCAGUGCGUCCGCCUGGAGGAGGUGACGCCGCUCGUCCUCAAGGUCACCGCGGCCGGCAACGAGGUCGUCGUGCCCGCCAACACCGCCCUGCCGUUGACACUCGCCAUGCCGGGCAACUCCACCGUCGUGGUGGAGCAAGGCUGUCUCGAUCAGCCGAGCCUCGUGGUCAUCCACGAGAAGAAGAGCGUCCAGGCAGUCAAGUUCAGCAUCGACCCUUGCGGCUUUUUCCGCUUCCUCGACAGCCAGGGCGCGUCCAUGAAGCUGUUGCCUCGCGGCUGUAUUGGCGGUCCAGCGCUGACCCAGAUCCGGGACAAGGUGCAGAGUCGGAUCCAGGACGAGGAGGAGGACCGGCGGAGGAUCGAGUUGAAGAACGAGCUGGAGGAGAGGUGCCGGGCCUACCUGAGCCAGGAGGAAGAGGCAGCGCAGGGCGACCCGGACGAAGCCCUGGUCAGGGACUUGCGGCGCGACUGCGAAACUCAUCUGCAGUGGCUGGAGGCGAACCCCACCGCCGCGAAGGAGGAACUGGAUACCCGGCACGCUUCACUCACAGGCUGCUGGCUGAAUCUGGACGAGAGUCGAGAGCAGAGGAGAGCUGCCAACGCCAGAGAAGCCGAGAGGCAGAGAGUCGAGAGCGAGACAUUCAAGAUGCGCAAGAAUCUGGAGGAAAAGUGCCUGUCGUACCUGCAGGAACCAGAGGCAGCAUAUGGCGACCCCGACGCGGAUCUGGUCCGGAAUUUACGACGCGAGUGUGGACGGCACCUGCAGCUGCUGGACGCAGACCAUGACUUCUCGCUUGAUGAGCUGGAGCUCAAGCAUGCGUCGGUCUCGAGCCUUUGGUCUGAGCUGAAGGAGAGCCGAGAGCGGAGGGAAGCCCAGCGCGAGGAGGCCGAGAGGUUGCAGAGGGAGCGUGAAAGAGAAGCGUUGAGAAGGCAGAGGGAAGAUGAAAUAAGAAGGCAAAGAGAAGCCGAGAGAAUGCAGAGGGACGAUGAAAUAAGAAGGCAAAGAGAAGCCGAGAGAAUGCAGAGGGAAGAUGAAAUCAGAAGGCAAAGAGAAGCCGAAAGAGGGCAGAAGGAAGCGGAGAGAAGGCAACGGGAAGAUGAAAAGCAAUGGGCGGCUAUCAAGCGAAGUGAAGAGCUAAGAAACCAGAAGGAGGGUGACAUGAAGAAAGAAGCAGAUAGAAGGCCGAGACAAGCCCAGACGUACAGCCAGGUGGCCCAGAAGAGACCUGCCGCCGGGAGGAGCGAUCAAGGUGCUGGAGACGAGGCGGGGCCGCGCGACCCGCGAGUCGCUCUGGAGGACUCGGUGCGCCAGAUGUACAAGUGCGUGUUCAGGAGCGAGGCGCUGCGACGCAAGUCGUUCUCGCUGCAGCCCCAGGACCCCAGGCCCAGCCCCAGGCUCCCCGCGACGCGGGUGGUGCGCGCGCUGGCGGACGGCGAGGCGGUGAGGGCGCUGCAGGCCGCGGCGACGGCGGGGCGCGCCCUGCUGGUGGUGGAGCAGGUCGCGGCGCCGGGCCGCCUGCUGGUGGCGCUGAGCGCGCGCUUCCUGGCCGGCCACGGAGCCCGGAAGCCGGUGGAGAGGCUGCUGCUGCUGCGGGACGCGCUGACGACCACCGGCGAGGACCUGCUGCUCCGCCUGGACGGGCUGCUGGCGGACGCCGGCGUGCAGGUCGCCUGUGCUGAGCACACUCUGUUCAGCAUGUACUCACACUGCAAAAAGAGUACUCAGAUGAGUACACUGCAACAAGAGCGUGCUUAG